CCAAACGGGAGGCAUUAUCAGUUGCCUGGCGAUCGCCAAGAGACGCGCAUCAAAUAAGUACGGCGUAUAUUCCAAAAGCGGAACCGAGGUUACUGGAAGGCGAUGUUGCUACUGGCAGUUUGGGUAGCCUGUGUGGUUAUGCUGUUUGGCAGGCUGCAGGCCACGGACCUACCAUAUGAAACUUUGAGGGAGCAGAUCAUGGAGGCGGAGCGGGUGGCCUCGCUGGGGGGCAACAUCUGGCUGUCGUCCGACGAGGAGAAGGCCAACAGCAUCCUGAUGAACGCGAAGCGGGCGGAGAUCGCCGAGGGCCUCAAGACGCCGGAGAAGUACGCCCCGGCGAUGCACUUCUUCCAGGGCAGGCAGUACGUGCGCCAGAGCGAGGUCUUCCGGAUGAUCCAGAAGAUGCCGAAGGGCGCCUUCCUGCACGGCCACAACACGGGCAUGGUGACCUCGCGGUGGAUCAUCCAGAACCUGACCACCACCAACAACCUGUACACCUGUCGCAACGUAGACGGACUGCUAAUGUUCACCUACGAUCAGAUUGGAUGCCACAGCGAGGUGCAAAAUGUCUGCACCGAGCGGAUAAACGCCGAGGAUCGGGGCAAGUACGAACGGCAGCUGGAGAAGCACAUCAAUAUGCUCGGACCAAGGCCAGAAGCCCUCUUGCCGAACCGCAAAAAAAUCUGGGAGCGCUUCGAGAACAUCUUUACCACCGUGGAUCGGCUCUACAAAUACCGACCCACCUACUGCGCCUUCCACAAGCGUCUGCUGGAGGAGCUGUGUGAAGACAACAUCAUCUAUGCGGAGAUCCGAGCUUCCCUGUCGCCUCUCUACGACGACAACAACCGCACUUUGAGCACCUUGGAGGUGGCCAACGAGCUGGAACGGAUUGUGGAAGAGUUCAAGGCCAAGCACCAUGACUUUGUGGGCCUCAAAGUGAUAUAUGCCAAGCGGAAUCGGGCCUCAGAGGAGGAGAUGCUGAGACGCAUCACGACGUUCAAGCAACUUCAUCAUGCCAAGCCGAACUUUGUGAUUGGAUUCGAUCUGAUUGGCCAGGAGGACACUGGAGAUCCUCUGAACAAGUAUGUCAACCAACUGUCCGAUCUGCCCAGCACGGCCAACUAUUUCUUUCACGCCGGCGAGACGAAUUGGCAUGGGCGAACCGACUGGAACAUGAUGGAUGCCAUUCUGCUGAAUACAAAGCGCAUUGGACAUGCCUUUGCCCUGCCGAAGCAUCCACAAUUGUGGUCCACCAUCAAGAAGCGCAACAUCGCCAUCGAGGUGAACCCCAUUUCCAACCAAGUUUUGGGCUUUGUCUGGGAUCUGCGGAACCAUCCGGCCAGUUUCCUGGUGGCCGAGAACUUUCCCAUCGUAAUAUCCUCCGAUGAUCCAGGAGUCUGGGGGGCCAAGGGUCUGAGCUAUGACUUUUACUACGCCUUCAUGGCCUUGGCGCCGGCAGAGGCGGAUCUGCGGUUCCUCAAGCAACUGGCUCUGAAUUCUCUGAAGUACUCAGUGCUCACCUCGGACGAGCGACGCAAGAUCAAUCGGGUGUUCCAGCGCAAGUGGCAUGAGUUUAUUGCAAACGUUUUGAAUCCCAAGUUUUAAGCUAAUACAAAAGUCUCUAGUCUA